AUGCCGCCCCCCUCGCACAUAACGGAUAUCGCCCCGCCCCAAGCCCUCACUCCCAUUGCAGCCUCUGGCUUUGCCCAGGGCGCGUUACGCUUCGGCAUCAUCUCCUUCGCCAGCCACUUUCUGCUUAACCGGUACACGCCCCUCUACCGCGGCCUUACCAUACAAUUCAAGGUCUUCAUCCAGAUAUCUGCCAUGACGCUAGGAGGAUGUAUCUUCGCGGAGAGGGCCGUCGGAGAGUUCAAUGAAGGAGUGAGGCGGAGAAGGAGAGCGUUGGCAAGGAGUGAGAGGGCCUGGGAGGAGGAGAGAGAGCUGCGGGAGAUGGUCGAGCGUAGGCACAAGGAGGAGGACAAGGCGCAGACACCAGGACGAGGCGGUUGA